GAGCUGAGUUCGACCUCCAGGUGUUUCUAAUCAGGCAGGUGAGACAGCAGACUCAUCAAAGAGCUGAGUGUUGGUGAACGAGCUGGUGGGACACAAUGCUGUCUGUGCUCUGUCUUCUGUUCAGUCUUCACACAGCUGCAUUCAGUCAGAAACCUUCAAAAGCAUCAGAUCACAACAGCACAGAUUUAAAGUUAAAUGUCAUCCAGAAUCAGCUGAAUGUGACUUUAAAUGAACAAGAAACUUUCUCUGGACACUCUGAAUUCAGCAAUGUGUCCGGGGUGCGGCCCUUCAUUACCGAACAAGAGAUGGAGUCCAGGAUCAUCGGGGGCCACGAGGCCUGGGCUCACUCAUGGCCCUGGCAGGUUUCUCUUCAGUUUGCCACCAUGCCGGCCUGUGGAGGAGCAGUCAUCAGCCCGCUGUGGGUCGUUUCUGCCGCUCACUGCUUCAAGAGGUACAAUAAGGCUUCUUUCUGGACGGUUCUGGCUGGAAAACACGACCUGGAUAAUCCUCAUGAACCUGGACAACAAACGGUUGGAGUCUCCAUGAUCAUCAACCAUCACGACUACAACACUCGGACCAAAGAGAAUGACAUGUCCCUGUUGAAGCUGCAGCAGCCGCUGGUCUUCACCCAGUUUGUGAGACCCAUCGACAUCUGGAGACAUCCUCUGCCUCCCUUCUGGAAGUGCACCAUCACUGGCUGGGGCUCCACCCGAGAGAAUGGUCCCCGAGUUCACAGACUCCAGGAGGUGAAUGUUACCAUCCUGCCCCCUGAUGUCUGUAACCAGUACUACCUCGGAAGGAUGCGACCCUCCAUGUUCUGUGCUGGGGAGGAUGGAGGAGGUGUUGACGCCUGCCAGGGGGACUCUGGAGGUCCUCUGUCCUGCUUCACUGGCAGCAGAUAUGAGCUGGCAGGUUUGGUGAGCUGGGGAGUCGGUUGUGGACGCGUCAGAAGACCAGGAGUCUACACCAAAAUCCAACAGCACACUCGUUGGAUCUCUGACAUCAUGAAUGAUCAAAAUAUCAUGUAUGCAGAUGACGUCAUGACUGAGGAGGACAGGUGUGGUAGGCAGCAGAGCUCCAGCUGUGAGAGGACUCCAGGCCUUGCAUCUCUCUCAGUGUCCCAGGAUGGUGAGGUUUCUGUGGGUAACGUGACAGAGUCCUGUCCCUUCUUCUGGCCCUGGCAGGCCAGCCUGCAGUCCAAUGGACGUCACUACUGCAGCGGAGCGCUGAUCCACCGCCGCUGGGUCAUCGCUGCUCAGCACUGCAACGUCAGAGCUAAAGAGGACUUGGUGGUUCUGGGAGUCCACGACCUGCGCUUCUCAUCGUCUCAAACCAUCCCAGUGGAUGAAGUUUUCAACCUGCCGCAGGAUGGCAGCUUCCCCCCAAGCUCUGACCUGUCGUUGCUCCGUCUCAGCGUGGCUGCCAGAUUCAGCUCUAAUGUGUCUCCAGUUUGUGUCCCUGAUGAAGAUGAGGAGCUCAAUGAUGGCUGGUCUUGUGUCACAACUGGCUGGGGAUCCACGAAAGCAAUAGUGGACAUCGAUCCAGACCGGCUGCACCACGUUGGCCUGGCUCUGGUAAAUCAGACGAGCUGCAGGGAGAAGUGGGGAGGAGGACUCGUCGGUGACUCCCAUGUCUGUUCACAUCCUGCAGGCUCCACCUCCUGCACGGUAACUCGCCCUUAAAGGUGAUUCUGGAGCUCCGCUGCUGUGUCGGAAACGUGGUACAUACUUCCUGUUUGGUGUGGUCACAUGGGGCAGCAGGAGGUGUGAUGCAGACAAACCGGCCGUCUUCUCCAAAAUAUCACAUUAUCACUCAUGGAUCACUGAGAUGACUGAGGAUGUCUGAAUGUUUGUUAGAAAAUAAACUUGACUUUGACUUUUCUGGA